GACUAAAUUUGUAUCUGUCUAGCCAAUUUAUUUUGGUGCAUCAUUUCCUUAUUACACUGAUUGUCCCGAUUAUCUUGGACAUCCUGAUCAUCAAAGAGUUGACGUUUUUGUCGAUAUAUUGGGUUGAAAAUUAAAUUUGACUAGAUGUUAGGUUAAGUAAUGAAGAGGAAGAAUGAAUAAGAGUCAAAAAGGGCUAACUGUAAGAUUUGGACUAAAACACUGGAUGUUUGAAUUUUAUCUCUUUUAUUCAAGGCUAUCAUUCCCUAAACUAAUGCAUCAUCAUUCUUACCUUAUAUUCAUAUUCAUCAUCAUCUAACUUUUGCUUCUCUUUCCCGUUUUCUCACUUUCUCAUUCUUUUUACAACUUUGUCUCAUCUCAGUUUGAUUGAUAAAGUGAGUCCAGACAUUCAGAUACCUUUCAUUACAGCUUCAACUUCACGCCGAACUUGAUUCCAAGCAAACCAACAAUUUUCUUAUAAAAAUUCUUCGAUAUUUCAAAUCUCAACCAAUUUUGUUCAAAAUGUCUUUAACUUUGCAAAAUUGUUUUCUAUUCUUUGUGCUUCUCAACCUUGUGACCACAAUUAAUGCUGUCCCUGUUAUAAGUGCCGAAGGUUUAAAUUCAACUUCUACUAAUGAAACUAUCCCUGAUCCCGUAAAUAUCAAUGGUUCUGUGGCAGUUUUGGAUACUACUUUGCCACCAGUCGAGUUGACAACAACCGUGGAAAUGGUAAAUUUGAGAAAUGCUAGAUCAGAGGAAGAAUCAGUAAAGUUGGACUCAGAAUCUCCAAAUAAUCCAGAUCAAGAAAGAAACAAAUCUUCAUCCAUUCAAUUUCCAAAAGAUGAUAUUGAUACACAAAUUUUGAAUGCUACUUCAGCUUCACCCUCUUCACCAGUUGCACCAGUAAUCAAGGAAGAUGCUACCGAUUCACCAAGAGACAUAUCUGAAGAAGGAAUGGAGUCUAAUGGCACAAUCACCGAGGGUAUAAUUGAAAUUUCAUCAUCUUCGUCCACCAUAAUUGAUGCCUUAUUCAACACCGAAAAACCUUUGGCAACAACUGCCAAUGCUACUGAAAUUAACUCGUCUUCAACACCAUCUUCUGAUGCUUCAAUUGCAAAUUCAGGGGUUAGGGUUGGAAGGUCACAGUCAGAUACAGUCGAAGAUGAGAUUAAUGCCAACCUCACCCAAACUCUUGCUGCAUUAACCACUUUAUCCUCCAUUAUCAAUCAAACAAGCGUUAAUGAUUCACUUGUAACUGUCGUUUGAUCGAUAUCGAGAAAAUGAAUAUAAUCAUUCUGUCCUUUGAAGUAAAUUAUUUAAAUCAACAAUUUCUCACUUGAAUUGUGUGUAGAAAAACUUUUUAACCAAGAAAUUGUCAAUUGGUUCUUGAUUUGGGUUAAUCAAAAGCUUACAUUUUAGCUAUUUGAUACUCUAUUAGUUAAAGAAAAAAUUAACAGGAUAACAUUGACAAUUUCUGAUCAGGAAGUUUCAUGACAAUCUAAUCAUAUUUUAUUCAUCAUGUUGUGGAAUCAAUUUUGGCUUAAUUUAAUGAAUUGGCUCAACUAAUUCGUUUUGUUAACGUAACGCCCAAAUACUGUGUAUUACCGAAUUUCAAAUUGAUCUAAAUAAUUAAUUUAGAUUGGAAUGUAUCUUUUUUAAUUUGCUUAAAUAAAAAACUAAUUUCCCUUAA